GCCUCCUCUCAGAAGUUUAUCCAGAGCAGGCAACGACGUGGAGAAACAGGACUGUUGCUUCCACAGCUCCAGAGCCGUCGUGACUGGCGGUGCAACGGCUUUGCUCACUGACUGCAGCAGCACUGAGGCCUUCUGGUAGCUCAGCCCUGCAACAUGCAUAACUUCAACAGCAGACAGAGACAAUAGGUAACAUGGGGAAGAAUAAACAAAAGGGGAAAAAGCAGAAGAACGUCUUUCAAGUUGCAAACAAGCACUUGAAGCCUAAGAACAAAGCGAAACCUGUCACGACAACGCUCAAACAUAUCAAUGCAGUGAAACAUGAGAAGGUGGAGAACCUCAAUCAAAUCUUCACAGAAGUCCAGAGGGAUGUCAGGAGCAUUUCAAAGUCUGUUGCUCCCGAACCAAAGAAACAAACGCAGAUUGUCAGAGAGCCACCAAAGGAAUCUGUAAACGUUGACAAUGCGGCUCAACUCUUCUCUCAGCUAUAAUGGACCAUGACGGCGGGGCUGUCAUAAAGUCUAAGGACAAACACAGUGACCACCUGAACUGUAUGUCUCUCCAUGUUGGACAUGUCAGUCAGUUUACAUCCAGUGCAUUUUGACAUUGCAUGCCAAAAUGAGGACUGCAGAGAAGAUGAAAAUUAAAAGAGGUUACUGCAUGAUAGGAAAACCUUGUGUGUGUAUUCUAAACAUUUUGUAUAUUCAAUGCAAAGAAAGACAAACGUGUGCUCUGAGAUAUUGUUUCAGGAACAAAGGAGAUUCUUUUGUUUUUAUUAAUGAAUAUUAUUUUGUGUAGAAAUGUUUGCUUUCUCUAGGCUGCAACAAAUGAUUAUUUUCCUUAUUAAUUAAGCUGCUGGUUAUUUCCUUGAUUAACUGUAGACUAGUGAAACAUAUCCAUCAUAACAAAGAACCAACAGUCCCUAACAAAAACGUAUUCUGUUAACUAUAUAUAAUACCAUAUAUAAAAACGAACAUCAGUAAAUACUUGGAACCAGGUAAUAUUUGGCAUUUUUGCUUGAAAAUAGGCUGAAACAAUGAAUCAAUUAACACAGUAGUCGCUAAUUAAUUUUCUAUUGAUUUGACAGUAAACUGUUUUCUUGACUAAACUGUUGAUGCGGCUGCGUCUUCAUCAUCUGAAUCUGCAUGAAAUUAAAGGUGAUUUAUGAAAGGUAAUUAAACACAACAUUUUCAAAGGAAAGAUACAACCAUAUGCACUGUAUCCUACUCUUUGAGUUUUGUUUUGCAAGCCAGUUCAAGGUUUUUGCACCUUUUUUUCCCCAUGCUUUUCCUUCCUCUGAUUUAGUGUAAAUUAAGUCACAAAGGAGAUCGUCGUGACUGCUGUUUGUAAUGAUGAAAGUGUGUUGUUCCAAAGAGAUUUGUCCUGGAAAUCAUUAAAAUUGCACGUAGAAGUUCA